GUCUUGUGUUGUUCAUCCUGCUCUCCCGAUCUCCGAUCUACUGCACAUGCAUGAGUAGAUGUACAGUGCAGAGUGCACGGACUUUUGAACGGCCAAGUGUCAGGUUCAAAGGGCACGCGAAGUUCUGGAAUCUGGUUGUUGCGAACACUCAAGUGGGCAGUGGGCCAUGUUGUGUUCCGGGCGCGGCGUUCGCGCGCGAUAUACGGCUGAAUUAUUUGUAUCAGCUCGAGUCAUCAACUGAAGCAGUCAAGGGGGCCUGAAGAGGAAUGGUCUUCUGGCACUCAGUUUGAGGCCUCGGGACACGCUUCUCUUUUCGUUUGCACCGUUUGGCACGAAUGGCCUGUCUGGAAACGGCGAAACUUGGCGAAGCGCGAGUCCCGGAUGCUGCAUGCUGAGCAGAGCUGAGCCUCGUUGGACGUUGGAUUGCAACUGACGGCGCUUUGUUUGACAGGGUUCAGACCACCGAACUGACCGCGUCUUUCCAGUUUGUUCUGCCAAGGCUUGUUUCUGUGGAUGGAGCAGUGGAGGACAGGGAGUCCAAUCGAAAUCUGUUUUCUCAGUGUAGUUGGCCUCCGUGAGUGUGACGUGAGCAGCGUUUAGGCGUCGUUCGGUAGUGCUCGUGCAGUUGCUUGCGCCGUUUGGAUUUGUGUGUAGAUUCGCUACCUCCGUGUGCCGAAUAUGGAUGCUGCAGUGCUGAAAGUCCUGUGUAUGCUAGUGGGCAGUUUUGUGAGUUUGUGCAGCCAGCAGCACAGUGCAUGGGCAGCUGCAGAGGCAAAUCAAUACGGUUCCAGUGUGCAUGCCGACGGCAGUACCGCCGGUUACGGUCACGAGCAGCUGCGGCAACUGGCCAGCCAUUAUGAGCUAGUGGAUAUUGUGACGGCCCCCAGCAGUGGUGGUGCGGAGCGUGUACAACGAAGUGCCGGAAGCAGACGCAGAGCCGACCGAGAGGCAGUGUUUGAGUUCACGGCAUUCGACGAGAGGAUCCGUCUGAACAUGUUACGCAACGACGUGCUGCUGGCACCCGGCUUCCACGUGCGGGCCUACACAGGCGACGACAUCAUCAUGAGUCAUCACGACGCGGCGCACUGCCACUACCAGGGCACGAUGAGCGGGCACAGUGCGGGCGAGGGGCACGCGGUGCUGAGCACGUGCCACGGCCUGAGCGGAAUGUUCAGCGUUGGCCGCGCCGGCCACUGCAAGCCAAACCAUACCUACAUCAUCGAGCCGUUCAGCGGGGCCGGCGUGGCGACGACUCCGGGUAGCAGUGGCUCAUCGCAGAUGCAUGCUGUGUUCCGGCUGGGCGACGCUCGCACAACUGACCAGCUUCACGCGUGCGGGAUCAAGGCGGCAGCAGCGGACGGUAUUCUCGACUCCGCGCACGCACAGUACAAUGCCAGCCUGCCUGAUGCUGACACCGACCAUAUGGGUGGUGCCAGUAGUCAUCCCAGGGCGCGGCGGAGCGUGCUCACGGAGACGAAGUACAUUGAGAUUCUGCUGGUCGCCGAUCACCAGCUGUACAAGCGCAUGGGCAGCAGUCGAGACGCCACUGUGAAUCGUGCGCUGUCCAUCCUCAACCUCGUCGACUUGCUGUACCGGCCGCUGAACAUCCGCGUUCCCGUCGUGUCCGUGGAGGUCUGGGAGGAGAGCAACAAGGUGUCGUUCUCCAGCAGGGAGGCGACGACCAUUCUCAACACGUUCAUCACGUACCACGCGUCCAUUCUCGAGGACGUGCACCACGACGUCGCCUACCUGAUCUCGGGCGAGGACUUCUUCGGUCUCACCCUGGGCACGGCCGUGCAGUCGGCCAUGUGCCGGGGUGCUGCGUCGGCCGGUGUGGGACAGGACAUGCACGCCGCCUGGGUUGCCGCGGAGACCGUGGCGCAUGAGCUGGGCCACGGCAUGGCCAUGCAGCACGACACAGCCGCCUGCACGUGUGCGGCCGGCAAGUGGGACCACUGUGUCAUGGCGCCGGCGGGGUCGUUCUCACGCCAGAGCAGCAGCUGGAGCGACUGCAGCCGGCAGCGCCUGGAUCUGUUCUUCAAAAGCGGCUCCGGCCACUGCCUGCUGAACUCGCCCACGCAGCUGUACAGCAGUCCCUCGUGCGGCGAUGGCUACCUGGACAUUGGCGAGGAGUGCGACUGCGGCGAGGUACAGGACUGCGCCGAUAAGUGCUGCAAUGCCAGCACGUGCAGGCUGCAGUCCACUGCGCAGUGCAGCAGCGGGCCGUGCUGUGAGCACUGUCGCUUCAAGGCCGCCCAUCACCUCUGCCGCGAAGCUACGGGAGGCUGCGAUGUGGCCGACUACUGCUCGGGCACCACGCACGACUGCCCCAGCGAUUUGUUCGUGCAGACCGGCCAGCCGUGCACGCACGCGUCCGGAAGCAGCUCCAUCUGCCACAACGGCGUCUGCGUCGGAACCCACUUUAGCCAGUGCAAGGCAUUGUGGGGAAGCAGCGCAAUCAGCGCAUCGCAGGAAUGCUACACGUUCAAUUCCCAGGGCACCAUGGCGGCCAACUGCGGCCUAACGUCUGGCCUAUACAAUGCGUGCGCUUCGUCCGACGUCAAGUGUGGCAAACUGCAAUGUUUUUACGGCAGCUCAAAGCCGCAGCUUGACCUCGAUGGGCAAAGUGCAGCUGCAACCUACACAAAGCUGUCCUUCUUCUUGAAGUGCAAGUCCGCCAGCGUGUCCGGCUUUUCCGGCGGUGCCAACGACCCGACGUAUGUUAGUGACUACACAACGUGCGCCACUGACUCGGUGUGCGUGAACCGGCACUGUCGCACGCUCUCCGAGCUCAAAGUCCCGCCCUGUCCCGACGGCAACAAUGGUCUGGUUUGUAGCGGGAACGGCGCGUGCACGCACCUGAACUCCUGCCUGUGCGACAUCGGCUAUGCGGGGCACGCGUGCGACAUCGAGACGCAGCGCCCCGUGCUGGGAGAGUGGGGACCGUGGUCCUCCUGGUCGGCCUGCUCCGAGUCCUGUGGCACCAACGGCACGCGAUCCCGCCGCAGGGCCUGUGAAUACCCGUCGCCGUCUCCUGACGGAACUCCAUGCAGCGGCGCCGACCUCGAACGCGCCCAGUGCAAUUCGGCGGUCGCCUGUCCGAAGCGCGUGGACGGCGCGUGGAGCCAGUGGAGUGCCUGGUCGUCGUGCAGCGAGACAUGCGGCAGAGGCACCACUGACCGUACACGUUCCUGCGACAGUCCUCCUCCCUCGCACGGCGGUGUCCCGUGCAGCGGUGACUACACUGAGAAAGGCACCUGUAAUGCCCCGGCGGAAUGUACUCCGCCGCCGACGCAGCCGUCAACUCAACGCCCUGUCACGACCGGCUGUGUGGCCUGCUGGUCGCAGUGGUCGCAGUGGUCCCCGUGCAGCGCAAUGUGCGGCGCAUCGGGCGUACGCACACGUGUCCGUAACUGCCUCAGCGGCAGCGCGUCCUGCGUGGGUAGCUUCACCGCCGAGGAAGCUUGCAACCGCGUGCUCUGCCCGGUGGCAGUCAACGGCGGUUUCACACAGUGGAGUGCGUGGAGCACGGUGGGAGACUGUGAAACGUGCUCCGAGCACGGCCACCAGGUCAGACAUCGCAGCUGCACGAAUCCCGUCCCGAGUAACGGUGGAGUCAGCUGUGCCGGCGCGAUCAUCCAGCACCAGUCGUGUCCUGUCUGCAGCAACAACCAAACCAAGCCGGCUGCCGCCACGUCCGGCCCAGCUACUCCUCCAGCAGGAAUAGCGCCGGCGAAGCCCGUCCCCGUGCCUUCCGGUACCGAGAAAUCGAGCGAGGGGCGCGACGAGACUUCCAGCAGUACAUACCAGACGGGAACCGGAAGCACCUCAGCCAUACCCUCUGCUACUGUGUCCAGUACAGUGCUAUCUGCAGCCAACACCUCCAGGAACAAUACAAACCCGACGGAUAAGAAGAUCGAGAGCAGCACUAACCUGAUGAUGAUCGCUGCCUUAGUUGGAAUGAUGGUACUCUUGACCGCGUUUGCACUGGCCUUCCGCUCGACGUACCGCAAGAGGAUGGCAGAGAACGCCGCACUGCCGGCUGUCACCACCACCGGCGGUGCCAUCUCGGCCAAGAUCUCCAGAACCAGCACCGGCGGCCACCAGUAUGUCGAAUGCCAAGCGCCCACUGCCUCUCGCCAGCAGAGCCCCGCGCAGUCACAGUGCCAGGACAUCUGUCUUGACGAGGUGCUGGAGUCCGUGCAGCGCCAGCAGCACCAGCAGCCAGGACCGCAGCGUCGACAUCUGCCACAGCUCGAUUCGCACACGCACAGCCGGCUGCUCACCUCCCUGCUAUCCACGCUAAGCGGCUCGGUCAAUUACAGCCCGGCGGGCAGCGAAUCGCUGACGCCACACAACAAGCGCAAGCUCUCGGCCACGGAGAGCUGUCUGGACAACAUUGGAUACUGCAGUGGCGAGAACACACCGCGGAGUCGAUCGCCGUCGUACGUUGAUCUUGGCAUCGAAGACCUACCCAGUAUGUUGUUCUCGGACGCGACCACCGACAACACCGUUGUCUGCACCAGUGACCAGCCAUCGGUUAUUGCUUUGUAGAGCCAGCAGUGCCUACGAGCGACUCCAAGGAGGUUCAUGUGAUGCACGCAUGUUAGAAUCUCCCGUCCCCUCCCUCCGUGACCGGUUGCAGUGCCUACAAGUGGUGCCAAUGAGGUGGUCCAUGUGAUGCGUGCAUGUAUGUUGUCAGAAUCUCGCUUCCCCCUCCCUCCGUGAUCGGUUGUGUUCAUCGCCAUGCAGGGACCUGCUGGCCACUCAGAGCAGAGCAACCUGGUGCUCCGGCAUGCGCAUGUCUGUACUCAUGACAAACUAACGUGUUAAGGAUUCGCUCUGCGAGGUAUAUGUGGCAUUAUUCGUCAGCAAACUGAUCCUAACGCUUGCCUCCAAUCAUCUGAUAUUGCUACUUUCUGCACAGAAAGCCACUCCCUUUGUGACAAACAAACACAUCCCGAACUUUCACUAGGGGUGGUGGUAUGUUAGAGAUUCGCUUCACCAGUAUCAUGGCUGAGUUGCUAGAGUCCAUUCAGGACUUUUUACAUCUUCUAUCUUCCAAUCUAUUUUCUCCGUACUACAGGCACUAGUAAAGUCAAAGCAUAUUUUUAUUAACGUUUUUAAAAUAACUGGCAUUCUCUGUUCUCCUGAUUACCACUUUGUGUGCAAACAAACACAAUCUACCCUGUUCUGUUUGCUCACUGGCAGCCAUAUCAUUGCAUGUAUGAAGUCAUCUGGUGAUCGUGUUCACGUUUUGCAACUCACAGCGCUACAAAUCUUAU